GUGAAAUGCACUUAAUUUAAUCGCUCGCAAUCAAUACUCCCCGUACGUGUCAGUCAAGCCAACGGCUGCUCGCAAGGAGAACCAAAGAAACGCUGGACAUGCCACUGCAUCGCAGCCGUAGCACGAGUAGCGCCACAAGCAUUUCAAGCGAACGACGGGUCAGCAAGAGAACAGGCCACAGAUGGCCAUGGAGUCGCCAAGUUCGCUCUCGGUGCGAUGGCUGCGACGUUAUCGUGCCUUCUUCGUAAUACUUCUCUUCAUCAUUGCCAUUCAGUUGUUUCUCGCCUACAAAUCUGUGGACAUUGAUUUGGCGGGCGCACUGCAACGCAACCAGCGAGAUCUUCACGAGGGAGCGGUUCCAUCGGCAGCGGAGCCAGUAAAGGCGCCCCCGGAGAGCAGCAAGAGUUUUCGCCUCACGGCAGAGGAACUGGGCUUCGAGCCCGAUUGUGUUAUCAGUGCCAAGGAAGCAAUCUCGGCACUGCAGCGUGCCAAGACGAAAGACUGCCGUCAACAUAUCGCCCGAAUCGCCUGUGCCAUUCAAGCGGGGCGCUUCUAUGCCACACACCUGCACAGCAGCUGCCCGGCGGGCAAUCAUACGGCCAACGUAUCUCUGGGUUGCUAUCGCGACGAAAAGGAUGCCCGCCUACUCGCCGGCUACUUUACCAGCUUUAAGACAUCCAAUUCCCCCAGCGGCUGCGUCGAACUCUGUCUGCAAUCGGGUUAUCCGUAUGCGGGCGUUCAAUAUGCCCGCGAAUGCUUCUGCGGUUUCGAUGCGCCGCCCAGCUCGGCCAAGCUGCCCGACUCCAGCUGCAACAUGAAAUGUGUGGGCAACGCUAAGGAGAUCUGCGGCGGCUUCUAUGCCAUGAAUGUCUACGAAACGGGCAUCGCCAAGUUCACUGCCCAACUGGCAGCCAGCAGUCCGGCGCCGGGGGAUGAGCAGCGUGUCCGCAUUGCAUUUCUACUGACGUUGAAUGGACGCGCAUUGCGCCAGGUUCAUCGACUGCUCCGAGCACUCUAUGCCCCCCAGCAUGUCUACUACAUACACGUGGAUGCGCGUCAGGAUUAUCUGUAUCGUCAAUUGCUGGAGCUGGAGCCAAAGUUUCCCAAUAUACGUUUGGCACGGAAACGCUUCUCGACAAUUUGGGGCGGUGCCUCGUUGCUGACCAUGCUGAUGCAGUGCAUGCAGGAUCUGCUGCAGUCGCACUGGCCCUGGGACUUUGUCAUCAAUUUGAGCGAGAGUGAUUUUCCCGUCAAGACGCUGGAUAAGCUGGUGGAGUUCAUGAGCGCGAAUCGAGGACGCAACUUUGUCAAGGGCCAUGGCCGGGAGACGCAGCGUUUCAUCCAGAAGCAGGGACUGGACAAGACGUUCGUCGAGUGCGACACGCACAUGUGGCGCAUCGGGGAUCGCAAACUGCCCACUGGGAUACAGGUGGACGGCGGCAGCGAUUGGGUGGCGCUUUCCCGUCCGUUUGUCAGCUAUGUGACGCAUCCGGCGAAGGAGGAUAAACUGUUGCAGGCGCUGUUGCAGCUGUUUCGACACACGCUUUUGCCGGCGGAGUCCUUCUUCCAUACGGUGCUGCGGAAUACGCAGCACUGCCACAGCUAUGUGGACAACAAUCUGCACGUGACGAACUGGAAACGCAAGCAGGGCUGCAAGUGCCAAUACAAGCAUGUGGUGGACUGGUGUGGCUGCAGCCCCAACGACUUUAAGCCGGAGGAUUGGGCACGUCUGCUGGCGACGGAGCAGAAAUCGUUGUUCUUUGCCCGCAAAUUCGAGCCGAUUAUCAAUCAGGCGGUGUUGCUGCAGCUGGAGGAAUGGCUCUACGGGCCGUACACCAGCGAAUAUGCCAAUCUGCAUGGCUACUGGCAAUCGCUGUACCAUCAUGAGGACAAGCACGGCGCUGGCGAUGAUCUGGCCCGCACCGUGGGCGACAGUCUCAUGCGGCAUGCGGCGCAACAGUUUAAGCUGCAACCCGUCGAGCUGUUGGAGCUGACCCACUAUCUGCAUCGGGAUCAGUACAAGGGUUUCCUGCUGCGCUACAAUGUGUUGCGUCGCAACGACUCCAAGGAGCUGCAGAUGGAGACGCGCGUGCGUCCCGUACAGCAUGGCAAGGUGGCGAGAAAUGCUCGCUUCAGCAAGCGUUUGCGCAACUUUGAGGUCUCCACGGACUUUGAUCAGAAGGAACAGGUGGCGCGCAAUUUCGCCAAGCUGCUGGGGCCGCAAAGUGAACUGCUGCUCAGCUAUACAUAUCAGGGAGUUGCUGCCUCGCCGGAUGUCUCGCACUCGUACAACUUGACGCUGCUGUGGCUGGAUCCGCUGGGUCGACUGCAGGACUUCAAUGAGCUGCACGUGGAAGAGGCCCAAAUCGAUGUGAUCAAUCACUCGAAAACGCUGCUCAAGCGACCGCUAACACCGGGCAUCUGGACGGCCAAGUUAAUUGGACGCACUUCCAUCUAUGCACAGCUCAAGUUUCUGAUCGCUCCGCUGGCCUAUGAGAACGGGGCGCCACUGGAAACUGUGGCAGCGGCACGCGCCCAAAACGGUGGCCUGGGCCUCUCACUGCCCGAGGACUUUGAGCUGCCCGUGGAAUGGCAGCAGCAUCUGCACACGGAUAGCGAUGUCUUUGCUUUGCGUCAAGAGGCGUUGGCCAAUGCGGAUCUACUUGGCCAGGAGCUGCACAGUCGCAUCGAUGGGUUGGUUGGGAAAUUCUUUCAGCUGCGCGAAACGUGCAUUGUGAGUGGGAUUAAUGUGCUGCAGGAUCUGCCACUGUGUCGAGACACCGCCUGGAGCUCACUGGCCAUGGACCCCAAGAGCGAUAUGGAUGCGCUGCUCAAGCGCUAAGCGGACGCACAGAGGAGAGGAGCGAAGUGGAGGCCAAAGUCAUUAGGAGUAUAGCCAUUUGUAACCGCUACCAUUGAUCAAUUUUUGUUGUUAAUUAUGUUGUGUAAAUAGUUUGUGAAUGUCUUUCUCUCUAUUUCUGUGUGUGUUUGUGUUUUUUUAACCAUCUGUAUUUGAAUCGUAUAAAUUAAUACUUUUAUCUCUCAGA